UGUAGUGUGUGUGGUACAGUCGGUAGAGCCAGCAGUAGGCAGUGGGCCGCGACCGGCGCGGUACUCGGUGUUUGCGAUGGUGUUGCGUUAGCGCGAGUCGUCGCCAGUGUCGUGGUACCAGUCGUAGGGUCGGAGUGUCGCUAUCGUUCGCCGGUCACCAGUGCUGCGCGAUCAGCUCCGCCGCGUGGUACAGGCGCGGACACAUUACGCUAAACUUUUUAAAAUCUCGGAGAUUGAACAAACAUGCCAGUUUAUUUGCAGUGACGUUGUGUAAAACUUAUAUAUAAACAUAUAGUAGACUAGUGGAAAAUUGCGAUAGCUGUUUUGUUUAUACGGGUGAAUACAACCAGAGACAUACUUUUGUUAUGUAUGUCAGUAAUGGAUAGAAUACUGUAUACUUAUUGAUACUUGAAUUUUGUUCGUUAUCGAGUUGUGUAGGUUGAGUGCAAUGACAGAGACAGUGAUAAAUAAAGCAUCAGACUACAAUGGUGUUGAUUCCAGAUAUAAAAUAAACAAUUGAAACUGUAAAAUAAGUGAUAAAAACCAAUAGACUAAAAUGAAACUAAAAAGGUGAUAUUUACUGAGAAGAAGUGGUUCAAUGCCACAAUGGAUGCGAAUAUACAUUUAGUGCAGUGAAAGUAAUGUGGUCGAGGCGAUGAAGAUGGAGGGUGGUGUACUAAGUGUUUCAAGUAACAACAACAGAUUUCGAUCUCAUCUGAAAAAUGCAGCCAGUGCGUUGUGUGCCAGGACUUUACCGAAACAGAGGCGUGCCGAGCCCGCCGCCAUCACCAGCGCUCGCCACCACACUUACCCGCGAGCGACGCCGCCUAAACGGGCAGCCAUCUCCUGUCGCAUGGAGCCGCUUGCAUGCGCACCACCUAUGCAUGCCACAACGUUUGAUCCGCCCCAACCCAUUCAAUGUGAAUUCAUUGAGGACCAGACAACGAAUACUCCUAACGGAAUAAUCAAAUGGAAGGGGACUCUAGCCAGGGAGGUAGCGAGUGCAUGGGAGUGCCGCGUGGGCCCGCCCGACCAGCCGGCCUCCGCGGACCGGGUGCAGAGCCUAUUCAACGACAUCGAAUUAUACCCUACUAAGACCCAGGUAUUCGAAAUGCUGGUCUGCGCGCGACAGUGUGCCCGCCGCAAGUCGCUCACUCUCACAUUCGGAGAAUUCUGCGUGUUCGCGGCUGAACUGCGUCGGUGUUCGAGGCAAGCGAGGCAGAGUUCGAACAAACCCGAGUCGCCACAAUGGAACAUAGACAAGGAGCUCAGAGAUAAAGACAUCAUUUGUAAACAUGUAAACGGCAGCGAGGCGCCCCCGCCGCCGUGCGAGGUGUUCCUGGGCGGGUCCUGCAACCCGACUACUUGGAGAUCGGACAUUGCCAUUCCGAUGCUGAAGAAGAUGGGCAUUACAUAUUUCAAUCCGCAAGUUGACGAUUGGUCGACGGAGCUGGUGGAGGUGGAGCACCGCGCGAAGGCGGCGGCGCGUGCGCUGUUGUUCGUGCUGGACAGCGAGACCCGGGCCGUGGCCGCCAGCGUCGAGGCCGCGCACCUCGCCGCCGCGCCGCGCGACCUGCUCCUCGUGCUGCGCCCCUACACAAGGCACCAGACCAUCGGACACGAAGCCAUCUCGGACCACGAGUACGUGGAGUUGUCUCGCGCGCGGGCGACGCUGCAGGAGGCGGUGGAGCGGCGCGGGCUGCCCGCCUUCACCGACAUCCCCGCCGCGCUGCGCUGCGCCCGCGCCGUGCUGCGCGGCGCGCGCACGCACCCGCGCCACUCGCUGGGCCACACCAUCCUGCGACUCAAACGCGCUUACGACGCAGCUGGCGGAAGAAAUUCUCGUCUGCCUCGCACUAAGGCCAUCGAUGCGCUAAAGGAAGCAACCAGGGCUUCGAAAGAACUAGCCGAACGUUGCUUACCUCCGUCGGCUGACACCAUCGACUUCGAGACCUUCUGCGCAGCUGUCGCUGAACUCGCCGCCGAUGCAGGGCGCUGUAGCCCGGCGCCCGCGGCGGCGGCGGCGGACAGUGAGGGCGUGGCGUCGCGCGUGCGGCGUGCGUUCCGUUCGCUGCGCGCUUACCUCUCCCCGCCCACUCCCGAAUACCAAACUCGUAACAACGGCCAAGAGAGUGAGGCGACGGGCGACGAGUUGCGCAGUGAGCCGCGAGUGCACGAGCCCGCGGCGAGGGAUGUCGCCAGCAACGGACUGCGGCUUGUAAACCCCCGGCUAAAGGCCUACGGUCGAAAGCUCGGCUUAUUCAUUCCUAAGAACGGCGGUCACCGUCCAGCGGAGAGCAGCGGCAGCGUGGCGGCGGGCGCGGCGGACAGCGACGCCGUGUUCACGCCGGGCACCGAGCGCCGCCUGCAGCGCCUGCCCGCCAUGCUCGGCGCGCCCACGCACGACGUCUACCUCGGCGGCACCUUCCCGAUGCACAGCAGUCGUCCGGAAGACGUGUUACGGCGCGAGGGCUUCACGUACGUAGUGCCCCGCGCGUGCGACUACACGCGCAUGUUCUCGACGCCGGCGCGGCGCACGGCGCCCGCGCACCCCGAGUCCCCGCGCCGCGACAAGAAGCCGCGCCCGACGCUCGACGUGCCCGACGACGUGCAGCUGCGCGACCGCUCCGCCGACACGCCCGACCGACCCGACCGCCACGACCGACUCAGCGCCUCCGACUUCUACAUCGUCUCGGAAGACAUCACGCCCCAGCCCUUCAAAGGAACAUACGAUGAAGAUCUAUUACUGGGGUCACGCGUGUUAGUGUUCGCGAUGAGUGCGGAUGCGCCGUGUUUUGCGGCGAUGGUCCUGGCAGCCCACUACAUGGGCUUGCGACCAGCCAACACAGUACUACUGGUGCAACCUAUGGACCCACAGAAAGCUCAUAAUUAUAGUGAAGUAGCCGUGAAGGACUACAAUCGGGGCCGACACUACCUCUCGGACCUGGCGAAGCGGUCCGGCGUCCCGGUGUUCGACAACGUGGACGCGGCCAUGGCGUGCGUCAUCAGUCGGCUGCGGGCCACGCUAUAGCACCACUCAGUGCUCGUCCUCGGGACCCGCGUACCUUAAUUAUAUUCAUAUAUAAUUAAUGUAUGAAGAUAACCAUGUUAUCUUCUCGAGUAUCGAUUUUUAUCGGUAUAUCGAUAUAAUUUAAUACAGACUAGUGAUAGCUGUCUGUUGUUUACUAAAAUCCGCCGCUUCGAAUUUAUAAUAAUAGAGUAAUAAGCACAACGCCAGUUGAAGCGAAUCUCAUCUCAAGAAUUGGCACCUUAGUUGUGAUCACGAUUUAGUAUCGUGUGCAUCUCAUAGCGAAGUUUGAGGAAGCGGCAAAUCACAACUCACGAAAUAAAGACAUCACAAACGUAAUUCAUCAUAAAUCAUAGGGUAAUAUUAUUUUUACUUGAGUGGCGAAGAGUCUCAUACGAUUGUACUUAUUAAUUUCAAGACAUUUAGUUUAGUACAAAGAAUGUCUCUCUUUUACUUCAUUACUCUCUAUUGCAUUAUCUAAUGUAAUAAAUAGAUAUUAAAAUAAAUGUUAUGAAUGUAUGCGUGAGAAUGGAUGGUGACGGUAAUAAGGUAAUCUUGAUGAGGAUAUAACAAAUCUCUGUGAUGAAUUUGUCUAGGAAAUUUUAUAGUGAACUAUCAAUGCAUAAGCAUAUAAUUAGAUGAUAACUAUACAUACAUAUUAGUAUUGUUGCAAACGCAGGUACAGGUAGCAGUCUCAUGUUAAUGUUAUGAACAAUAUUGUCACACAAACAUGUACAAUUAUUUCAAGUUUGAUCAAUCUGAAGACCUUGUUUGAAUCGAAGUGUCCUUAAAAUAGUUUGCUCUCUCUAAUUAUGACUCGUGACUUUCUUAGUGUAUUGUUUAGAAAGAGUAUGAUAGACAUAAGAGAGUUAGUAAAGAUUCUUGGGUCAAAUGAUUCGACUUGUGCGUACAUGUGACAUGUUGGUGACCUUGAGCAAUAAAGAAUACACACGGUGUUAUGUUGAUCUUGUUUUACCGGGACUGACAUGGUAUUGACUAUUUAUACAGUAACCAAGUAGUCCCGGGAACUGCACAGUGGGUCUACUAGCCAAAUCCUAAAUCUUGUUAAAAUCAAAUUUUAUUGCAUGGACGAAUGCUUAUGUAGACGACAGCACUUUAAGAAAAUUUCAUUGAGGAAAAGUACAAAUAUCUUGCUCACGUAGCAACUUUAAGGGAUUUUAGUAGUUAUUAUUUGAAUUAUGGCAAUGCAAAGUUAAAUUUUAUAAUAAUUAACAUCUUAUACUCAUUUUUUUAUUAUAAUAAAUUGUACCUUUUCUAAAAAUAUCUAAUGUGCAUCAGAGUUAAUGCUUGCAAGUGGAUAAAUAUAAAAUUAGGUGAUUGAAGCCACAAUUCCAUACCUAAUUUAGGUAUAACUAUAAUAUUGAGUAGCUUAGUGGUAAAUACAUUUGACCCACUGUCACUAAAAUCUAAUUCGUAAUUAUAAAAUUCAGCAAAUGUUAUUUGCUAGUCACACGCCCAUUAACAUUUUAAGUACUUUGUUAAUAUUGAUCGAUAGUACAAAUAUCUAAUUUAUAGAAAAAUAUGUCAUAUAUUAAUUGUAAUUUUAUGCCAUGUACGCUUAUUUUAAACUAAACAUCACGUAUGUAAAUAUAGAAAUUUGUAAUUAUCAAA